AUGGCCGAAGGCGGGGCAGGCAAAGGUGGUGGUGAAGGGCCCGGGAAGCUGCCGGAGCAGGCAGAGGAGGAAUCCCAGGUUUUGCACGGAACUGGCCACUGUAAGUGGUUCAAUGUGCGAAUGGGAUUUGGAUUCAUCUCCAUGAUAAACCGAGAGGGAAGCCCCUUGGAUAUUCCAGUCGAUGUGUUUGUGCACCAAAGCAAAUUAUUCAUGGAAGGAUUUAGAAGCCUAAAAGAAGGAGAACCAGUGGAAUUCACAUUUAAAAAAUCUUCCAAAGGCCUUGAAUCAAUACGGGUAACUGGACCUGGUGGGAGCCCUUGUUUAGGAAGCGAAAGAAGACCCAAAGGGAAGACACUACAAAAAAGAAAACCAAAGGGAGAUAGAUGCUACAACUGUGGCGGCCUUGAUCAUCAUGCUAAGGAAUGUAGUCUACCUCCUCAGCCAAAGAAGUGCCAUUACUGUCAGAGCAUCACGCACAUGGUGGCCAACUGCCCACAUAAAACUGUUGCGCAGCCGCCUGCCAGUUCUCAGGGAAGACAGGAAGCAGAAUCACAGCCAUGCACUUCGACUUUUCCUCGAGAGCUGGGGGGAGGGCAUGGCUGCACGUCGCCGCCGUUUCCUCAGGAGGCGAGGUUCGAGAUAGCAGAAUGGCCAGGCAGGUCAUCUCAAGAAACUUCCCUGGCGAAGUCCUCUGCAGUGCCGGAAGAACCAAGCAAAAAGGGGCCUUCCGUUCAAAAAAGAAAAAAGACAUAA